AUGGCUUAUAAUUACGCAAGUCGCCCUUUUCCUGAGGCUCUAAGAAAAAUAGCUGGAGGAAACGUUAACAAGUUCGCUCUUGAUCUUGAGAAAGAAGUCUACGCGAACAACGCAACGGAGCUAGCCCUACCCGUGGAAAAGAGGGUGACGACAGCAACAGGGUGCAUUUACAAGUACUACAUGAUGCCGGUGGAGGGUAAGCUAGGGUGCUCCGUCGGCACCACACCUUCAAGACGAGCUGUAUUCGAAUUCGACGAAGAAUUGAACGAUUGA